AUGUUUUCUAAGCAAUUGCUCGCCUUCGCCAUCCUGUUCGGAAGCACCUUUGCUGCUGCCUUGCCCGUUGCGGAGGAGGGGCGAGAAGCCAAACGGUUCUUCUAUACGGAUUAUGCGGUAGAAGUCGAGAAACGCGACGCUGAGCCCGAGAAGAGGUUCUUCUACACGCAUUACGAUGCAGAGGUAGAGAAGCGAGACGCUUCACCAGAAAAGCGAUUCUUCUACACGCAUUACGAGGCGGAGAUGGAGAAACGCAGCGCCGAACCGGAUAAACGAUUCUUCUAUACGAAUUACGAGGCAGAGGUGGAGAAGCGGGAUGAGGAAGGGACAGUCUGA